AUGCAGCCCACAGCGGCAGCUAAUCUGCCACCCCCUGGGGGAGAUAUGGACUUGCAGACGAUUCCGUCAAUGGACUGGCUCUUCAAGAAGGAGAGGAUCUACCUAUUGGCACAAUUCUGGCAACAGCGAAGGAAGAGGGUCCUUGGGUCCGAACCGAUAUCCCUCGCAUGCCGAAAUACGAAGGAAGCGCUGAAGCCGCAAGAUAGAAACGAGGUUGGCGUAUCCGCCGUUCACGGAGAGAGAGGAGAAGAUUACACAAAGCAGGCGACGGAACGAUCGGAAGACAAAAGACAUCUCGAAGCGGAGAACGAAAAUGAGCAUAGUCUAGCGUUUUAUAGCCGGCCCUGGCCGUGUAAUAUGUGUAUCAAUAUCAAGCAAGCGAGGAGAGCAAGCGAUCGCUGCUGGAUGCAAGGCCAACUUGACGCGAUCGAGCGUCAUCCGUUUGCUCGAUCGAAUUUCCCACCAGCAGAGAUAAAAAACAAAAGACGGCCGUGGACAAUUGCGCAGACUAGCGGCACGAGACAAAACUAUAAUAAAAUUGGAAAUCGGCGAAGGGUGGGGGUGGAAGAGGACGAAAAAGAGUUGAAAAUAUUGAAGGAGGAGGCUCCGAUAUCGAGUCCCACCUCUUUAUCCCCUCCCACCAAACUUUUAUUUCUCUCCUGA